AUGGCUGCUCCACUUAAUCUCGAAGAAGGUCAGUCGUCACACAGACCUCCUCGUUUCAAUGGACAUUUCUACAGUUGGUGGAAAGUUAGAAUGCACGAUUACCUCAUGGCUGAAGACAGCGAGUUAUGGGAUAUUGUACUGGAUGGACCGUUUAUUCCGAUGAUGGAAGAGAAGGAUGGAGAGAAAACUAAUCUUGUUCCAAAGCCUAGACAGAAAUACGACGAAGCUGAUAGGAAAAAGAUUGAAAAGGGCUACAAAGCUAAAACUCUUCUUGUCUGUGGGAUAGGACCUGAUGAGUUCAACAGAGUGUCAGCUUGUGAGUCUGCUAAGGAGAUUUGGGACUGUUUGAAGACUGCUCAUGAAGGAACUGAACAAGUCAAGGAAUCAAAGAUUGACAUGCUUACCUCAAGGUAUGAGAACUUCAAAAUGAAGGAAGGAGAAACAAUCCAUGACAUGUUCACAAAGUUGUCUUCCAUUACAAAUGAGCUGCGAAGUCUUGGUGAACCUAUAAGCAUGACCAAACAAGUCAGAAAAGUGCUUCGAAUUCUUCCAAAAUCUUGGGAAAGCAAGGUUGAUGCCAUCACAGAAGCCAAAGAUUUGAAGGUGCUGACUAUGGAUGCACUGAUUGGAAAUCUGAAGACACAUGAGAUGAAUCGAAAUCACGAUUCAUCAAAGAAGGAAGUCAAAAAGGAUAAGUCAUUGAAGCUGAAGUACAAAUCAGAUGAAGAUUCCAGCGAUGAUGAUAUGGCUUAUCUCAUCAACAGGUUUCAAAAAAUUGUUAAAAAGAACAAAGUUUUUAAAAGAGGAACAAAUGAUCCUCGAAAUGCUACUCAAGGUGAUACAUGCUACAAGUGUGGAAAUGCUGGGCACUUUAUCAGAGAGUGUCCUCUGCUCAAGAAUGAAAACAAGGAACAUCAAAAGCCAAGAAGUGACAAAGAGAAGAGAAGGGACCUGGUACUCGGAAAGAGAGAUCGAAAAGCUGCUGCAGACUUGGUGGUCAAAAAGGCUCUUGCUGCGUGGGGUGAUUCUUCAAGUGAAUCAGAAGACCCUGAUGAAUCAAAUGAUGUGUCCAUGGUAGCUGUACAUGAGGAGGAAACUGUUUUCAAUGAAAUGUUUGCUCUCAUGGCUCACACAGAGAAUGAAGAAGAGGAUGACAAGGUAACUCUUCUUGACAUGAAAAAUGACGUGGAUAAUUAUUCUCUUAAAAAAUUGAGAACGUUGGCUAAAGUCAUGAUUGAUUCUGUAAUUGAGUUAACAUCUGAAAGAGACACCAUGAAUGUUGAACUUGACAGUUUAACUGAAAACAAAGUUAAACUUGAAGAAAAAAUGUCAAGAAUGGCGUCUCUAGAGUCUGCUAAUUCUGAACUUAAAAACCAGUUGAAUCAGAUAACUGAAGAAGCUGAAAAGCUAAAUGGAAUGUCAAAUGGUUUACAAGUUGAAAUUCAAGAAAAAUUAAAAAAUUCUGAGAAAAGGCUGGGAUUGUCUCUGGAGAAGAGCAACAAAUUGGAAAAGGAUAUUGUCAAACUUAAGGAAGAUCUUGAAAAAUCUCUUAAGUGGACAAAAUCCUCAAAGUUAUUGUCAAAUGCAACAACUCAGAGCAAUUUCAAUAAGAAAGGGCUAGGAAGUUUGAACAUCACUCCUCCUUAUAAUCCUCAUAGUAAGUAUGUGUUUGUGUCUGACAAUCUGCUAUGUCUUCAUUGUGGUAAGAAUGGACAUUUAAAGGGAGAGUGUGCUGGCUGGAGAAAUUCCUAUGAAAGACUCUCCAAUUAUGCUGAAAGGCAAAAUUUGCCAAAAGAGAGACCUGGUCCUUCAACGCAAGCUUCAACUCACAGAUUUUCAAAGAAAAAAUCUGUAAAUGCUCCAAUGUCUUGUGUUAAAAAGCUUCAAAAUCUACCCUACUGGACUAAAUACAAUUUGAUCACUCCUUUGUCUGCCUUUUGGGAACUCAAAUUGAAAUGGACACUUCAAGGAGGAGAUGUCUCUUUUGGUGAUGGAAAGAAGGGGUACAUUUUGGGGGUUGGCAAAGUGGGAAGAUCUCUUGAAGAUUCAAUUGACAAUGUGUAUCAUGUGGAUGGAUUGAAGUACAGUUUGUUGAGCGUGUCUCAAAUCUGUGACAAAGGAAAUGAAGUCAUAUUUACUUCUGAGAAGUGCACUGUGGUGAGUCUUACUACAAAGAAGGUAUACUCUCAGCAAGGACCUGCUUAG